CUGCGACGCAUGCGCAGUGUGUCUGUGAGAAAGAAUGGCGGCCAGACUCCUUUUGAGAUCAGCGAUCCGUGCUGCUGUUUACAGCCGUCGGCCUGUCCCAGUUCAAGCUGCCAUCAGGAGACUGGCAUCUGGAGGCAUUCCCACAGAUGAUGAGCAGGCCACCGGUCUGGAGAAGAUCGUGUUGAAAGCUUCCAAGGAAGGAUUGGAUCCAUAUAACAUCUUAAAACCGAAGGAGUACGCAGGCUCCAAACAAGACCCUCAUAUCGUCCCCUCCAUAACCAACAAGAGGAUUGUUGGCUGUGUUUGUGAAGAAGACAACACUGCAGUGGUUUGGUUUUGGUUGCAUGAGGGUGAAGCCCAGCGCUGCCCAUCCUGUGGCGCUCACUACAAACUCGUUCCACACGAGUUACCCCACUGAAACAUGCACUAACACUCCCAUACUGACUCAAACACUAUAGAUGUGUGACUUACGCACAAUCUCCAAGAAUAGAAUUGCACUUUUUAUAGGGACAUAGUUCUUUUUCUGUGGUUGCUUAACAUUUAACUUCAAGAAACUGGCUUUCUGCAAAUCUGAAAUGUACAAGUCUGCAUUGUUUUCCUACCUGGAAUGUAUGUUUCAUUGUAUUAUGAGAAAGUUUGCCUACCCUAUUGUUCACUGUGGCUCAGAUACUUCCAAACUUUCCUCAAAAAGACAAUGCAUUACCUGUUCUGUUACAUGAAUGAGCUGUUGCUUAAAAACGACGACUAUAACGCAAGUUUGCACAUUUUUGCAAGGUUGAUAAUGUCUACAGAUGUGUUUACUUUUCAAUGUGUAGACAAAGAAAUUACAUUCCCUACUGCGUGGGACUCAAACUACAUUCCAUCUAUUUUUAAAGUACUUAAAAAUAAUUGUCUGUGUUUAUAUAUCUAAAAUAAAUGUGGUCUUUCAGCAUUUA